AUGAGUGAAGAAGGCCCCCAAGUGAAAAUAAGAGAAGCCAGUAAAGAUAACGUGGAUUUCAUCUUGACCAGCGUGGAUUUGGCCAUGGCCAAUUCUCUACGUAGAAUCAUGAUAGCGGAGAUCCCUACCCUGGCCAUCGACUCCGUCGAAGUGGAAACAAACACUACUGUCCUGGCCGAUGAAUUUAUUGCACACAGACUAGGUUUAAUACCUCUACAAAGUAUGGAUAUCGAACAACUAGAGUACAGUCGUGAUUGUUUUUGUGAAGACCACUGUGACAAGUGUUCCGUGGUGUUGACAUUGCAAGCCUUUGGAGAAAGCGAAAGCACUACAAACGUGUACGCCAAGGACUUAGUCAUCGUGUCGAACCUUCUGGGACGCAAUAUCGGUCACCCUGUCAUACAAGAUAAAGAAGGUAACGGUGUGCUUAUUUGCAAGCUGAGAAAGGGCCAAGAGCUGAAACUAACUUGUGUUGCCAAAAAGGGUAUAGCCAAGGAACAUGCCAAGUGGGGUCCGGCAGCGGCCAUAGAAUUCGAAUACGAUCCUUGGAAUAAACUCAAACAUACCGAUUAUUGGUACGAACAGGAUUCUGCCAAAGAAUGGCCCCAGUCCAAAAACUGUGAAUACGAAGAUCCUCCAAACGAAGGCGACGCCUUUGAUUAUAAAGCCGAGGCAGACACAUUUUACAUGAACGUGGAGUCCGUAGGGUCCAUUACAGUCGACCAAGUUGUUGUCAGAGGUAUCGAUACGUUACAGAAAAAGGUCGCUUCGAUAUUGUUGGCUCUGACACAGAUGGAUCAAGAUAAAGUCAAUUUCGCAUCGGGCGAUAACAACGCCGCCUCAAACAUGCUGGGAACCAACGAAGACGUGAUGAUGUCGGGUGCUGAGCAAGAUCCAUAUUCCAACGCAUCUCAAAUGGGUAAUACUGGAUCAUCAGGCGGGUAUGACAAUGCUUGGUGA